AUGGAGGAGUGUGCUGGCCUCUGCGGCGUGGGCUCUUCGUGGGGAUGUCGGUGUCGUCAGCAGUGCCCGGGCCCGGCUGAGACGGCAGCGGCCGAGGACAAGCGGUGUCGUCCGGAGCGCCAGGGCCCAGCUGAGAUGGCAGCGGCCGAGAGCAAGCGGUGUCGUCAGGAGUGCCAGGGCCCAGCUGAGAUGGCAGCGGCCAAGGACAAGCCAGCCCCGGCAGAAAAGCACGUGGAGGCGGACGCGGCAGCGCGGUGCUGUGCGGGGAGUGGAGGAAUCGUGAGCCCCAUGCCGCCCCCGCACUGCUCGCUGCAGGACCUGCCGGUGGAGAUGCUGGUGGAGAUCUUCGCCUCGCUCCCCGGCACCGACCUGCUCAGCCUGGCCCAGGCCUGCACCAAAUUCCACCACAUCCUGCACACCGACAGCAUCUGGAGACGGCGCUGCCGGGAGGAGUAUGGCGUUCGUGGAAACUUGCAGAACCUGGAGAUGAUCGAUAUGUCUUAUCGAGAAGUCUAUGCGAAGCUGUUCCCAUACAGACACAUUUUGGGAUUGUGGCAGCUAGAUACUAAGGGCUAUAGAACACUGCUGAAUGUCGUGGUGGACGGCUUAUGCAUUACUGGUUGGACGUACGGGUUUUCCCCUAACACCCAUGUGGAUGGCCCACUGCAAUUCAAGCCCGCGUUCAGAAUUCGCCUGAUGGAGAGGCAACCAGCCACGGUGGAGUGCUUGGAAGGCCUCCACAUCAGGCCCCACAACCGCCAGAUGCAGAUUCAGAAGGACAGGCUCACCCUCCGGUGCAACAAUAGAGACCACCGAAAGGUUUUAACAAUGCGACUUAGGGGAGAACGGGGGCGGGUGCUGGUGCAGGAGGACAGAAAUCAGUAUGACUGCCUGACCUACCGCCGCCUCUACCUCCCGCCGAGUCACCCGGGCGACCUCAUCCGGCCAGGCCUCUUCCAAGGCAACUACGAUGUCUUCGGCCUAAUGAUUGCCAUGCUCAGCUUCCAUGGGGAAUAUGCCAGGCUCACGAAGGUCACGGGAAACUCCAACGAGACCUCAGAGAUCCACCUGAUGCGCCGCAUCCAGCUGCGAGAUGGCGAGAUCUUCCGCAGCUUCAACGAGCUCUCCCGCGUGGUCCAGGAGAUUGAUGACCAGGUGAUCCGGGAGAAGCAGCAGAAGCAGCAGCAGCAAGAAAAUGGGACUGAGAAAAGCGAGGGCCAUGGCUGGCAGUGCCCUGCCCAGCCCAGCGCCCAGGAGUCCGGGGCUGCAGCUUUGGAGGAGCAGCCUGUCCCGUUUGUUCUGCCUGUGGGCGUGCGCUUAAGAAACCAGAACUACCCCCGAACCUGCAGGAUGUGUUUCUAUGCCGUGGACACUGUUACCUCAUAUGGCUCAGUGUCCAUACGCUUCCCUGGAGUCUUCAUCCUGUUCGAUGAGAACCACUUCGGGUUCAUCUAUCUGGAGGUGAAAUACUUCAUCCUAUUCGGCAGAGUCCAGAACACCUUCCAGAAUGUGGAGGCACCAUCCCCGCAGGCCUUCCUGGAGAUGCUCAAGGACAUUCAUUCCCCAACCCCUGGGAGGAGCAGCUUGCAGAUUUGA